AUGGCCUCUAAGACCUGGAACGUCGGAAUUGUGGGAUACGGCCUCAGUGCCAAGACCUUCCACAUUCCCUUCAUCCAGGAAGUCUCCCAGUUCAAGAUCUACGCCAUCGUGCAGCGAACCCCCAAGCUUGAGGAUGAUGCCGAGAAGGACCAUCCCGGGGUCAAGGUCUACAGAAGCGCCGAGGAGAUGAUCAAGGACGAGGGUGUCCACGUGGUCGUCAUCACCACCGCCCCCGAUUCGCACUAUGACUUGGUCAAGUUGGCUCUGGAGAAUGGAAAGCACGUCGUCUGCGAGAAGCCGUUCACUCCCACCUCCCAAGAGGCCGAUGAGCUCAACGCCCUCGCCAGCAAGCAGAACAAGCUCCUGGCCGUAUACCAAAAUCGCCGGUGGGAUGCCGAUUUUGUAACCCUGUCGAAGCUGGUGAAGAAUGGCUCCCUUGGCCGUGUGGUGGAGUUCGAGUCUCACAUUGACCGCCAUCGCCCCGAAGAGCCUGCCGCGGAUGCUUCGAAGUGGAAGAACAAGGUUAUCCCUGGUGGCAGUUCCAUUUACGACCUGGGAUCCCACCUUUUGGACCAGGCCGUCUACCUCCUUGGCAAGCCGGACCGCGUUACUGCGUUCAUUGGCUCCCAAAGAGAGGUGAACACUUCCGGGUUCGAGGACUCUUUCACCGUUUUGCUCCACUACCCGAAGGGCGUUCUCGCCACAAUCAAGGCUGGUGUCGUCAGCCCGGAUAGCGAACAGCUGCGCUUCUGGGUUCGGGGAGACAAGGGCAGCUUCAAGAAGUACCACUUUGAUAUCCAGGAGGAACAACUCAGAGCUGGAGUGAAGCCUGGUGACAGCGGAUACGGCAGAGAGCCUUCAGAGAGAUACGGUACACUCACCACCGUUCAGGAUGGCAAGUUUGUCAAGGAAGUGUUGCCCACGGUGGAGCCACCGACCUGGACGGAAUACUACAGGAAGCUGGCGCGGGCUCUUGCUGGAGAGGGUGACCUCCCUGCCAGCGGAGCCGAAGCUCGUGAAAUCAUCCGGCUGAUUGAGCUGGCCCAGGAGAGUUCGAAGCUUGGCAAGACCGUGGAUGUAUAA